GCAUAUUUUUGGAAUAGGUUAGAAUUCGUGGAAAUGGAUUGCCUGGAUGAGCCCAAAUGAAUAUCGCCUUAAUAUACAAAUAAACAGUGAAGAACAGUUGCAAUUAUACUUAAAAGUUGAGAAAUUAAGGACAACCGUGUACCAUUUUACCUGUCGAUGUUUGGAAUUGCCUUUAUUUCAAAUAUGCGCUUUGCACCAAGCGCCAGAAUUAAAAACCAAUCCCCACAACGGAAACGGAAGCCUUUGGUAUUGCCAACGAGUUAAGGUUACUAAUAUCUCCUACACUUGGGAGAUUCAAAAUUUCAGUUCUAUCAUGGGAGAAACAACAUCCUCUGUUUUCAACUCAACCGAAUGGAGUAACACCAAAUGGAAAUUGGCCAUAUCGAAAAUUGGUAUAAUUGUAAUAAUAAAAUUACAAUUGGUAUGCAGUGAUCAUAGUACAGUUAAAUUCAAAUUUAAAACUGGCAUUGUCAAUGCUGAAAUCGAGCCUAUUUUGGCUACAAUGGGUGGCCCUACAUUUUGCAAAGCCUCACCCAAGGAUGUCUUUAUAUUCACACAGUCAAUGGGAGUUGAAGAUCUGCAUCAGAAUUCCAGACCAAUGAUUGUGAAAGAUACAAUUAAAGUGCUGUGCGAUAUUACCAUGGUAAUGGACAUAAUGGAUUUACAGUCAAAUGAUGAUAUGACAAGCCUCACAGAAUGCCCACUAUUUGAGGACAUGGGCAAACUUCUGCAGUCUGGAAAAUUCAGUGACGUUAUAUUGGCAGUCGCUGGCAAAGAAUUGAAAGCCCAUAAAAAUAUACUCAGUCUACGCAGUGAAGUCUUUGCUGCCAUGUUCGAUUAUGAGCAACUGCAGGAGAACACCUCAAAUCGUGUGGUCAUUGAUGAUAUGGAUUAUGAUAUUGUUAGCGAACUGCUUACAUAUAUCUAUACCAAUAAAUGCCCCAACAUUGAGGAAAUGGCAUUUGAUCUUAUAUUUGCAGCCGAUAAGUAUGCCCUAAAGAAUCUCAAAAUUAUGUGUGAAUCAGUUUUACAUCGUAAUAUGAACCUUGAUACAGCAAUAUCUGUGCUUAUAUUGGCCGAUAGACACAAUUCGCAAAUGUUAAAACUACAAACGAUCCAUUUUAUCAAAGCUAAUAUCAUACAAAUUAUGAAGACUUCAAGUUGGCAGAUUGUGAUCAGCGAUUAUGCUCUAGCCCACCUAGUUGAAGAAAUCAGAAAUUAUAAUGGAUGUAUAUGAAAAGUUUUCCAAAUUAAUCAAUAAGAAUUAUAUAUUAUAAUAAAUGCUUCUUUUUUUAAAGACCACCUA